CAAACAUCCAAUCGCGUGUUACCACUCGACAGACAAAUGUCUGUCUGCCAUCCCGCGUCCCAACAAUGUGCCCAGUGGCUUGGCCUAAGUCGCCUCGCUUGAACCUUGUGCAUAUAUCGACAUGCCGCUAGUCGUGGACGCAUCCCGCUUCUACCCAGGUAUUAAUCGAGUGACAUAAGGAACACCUCUUUUAAAUAUUUGAUUGAUCCUUCCUCUUCGAUCUCCAUUGGUACCAUUUCACGCUUUUCCUUUCCCAGGGAUCUCUUCUGGUGUCAUGGCUGCCGUUUAUCAUGAAGAGAAGAGCACUCAACUAGCCGCUUCGCCACAGCAUACACACCAUGAUCCAGAGUCAGGCGCGAGUUCACUGUCGCUGGAUAAAGACGUGGCCAUCGGACUAGUUGGAGAACAUGCUCGCGAGAUCGAUCCAGAAGUUGAAGCAAGAGUUCUCAAAAAGAUUGACUGGUUUUUGAUUCCGGCUAUGAUUGUUGGCUACGGGCUGGUAUAUUACGACAAAGCUAUCCUCGGUUCAGCAGUUCUAUUCGGUAUGACCAAAGACCUCUCCCUCAGCGUCGUGGACACAUCGACCAAACCACCCCGGACAGACACCUCUCGUCUCAGCUGGGCAACGUCAUUGUUCUACUUCGGGAUGCUCGCUGGCCUCUAUCCCAUGACCUUUGCUUUGCAACGCUUCAAUCUUGGCCGUAUCCUUGGCGGCGUCGUGCUUCUCUGGUCGUUGAUAUGCAUGCUCACAGCCGCUGUGACCACGCACCAGGGCCUCUUUGCGCAGCGCUUCUUUCUAGGCUUCGUCGAAUCAGUCAUCCCGACCGGUUUCAUGUGCAUUAUAUCAGGAUACUACACGCAAGACGAACAAGCCCUGCGCCAAUCGUGGUGGUUCUCUUCCACGGGGUUAUUUACCAUCAUUGGUGGCGCUCUUAAUUACGCUUUUGCACAGAUCACCACGGGGAGCUUAAGGCGUUGGCAGUACAUCUACUUGCUGGCCGGGUGUCUAACAUUUCUGUUUGGCAUCUGGUGUUUCUUCAUCCCCAAUUCGCCCGUCAGCGCAUGGUUCUUGACGCCGGCUGAACGCAUCGUCGCCGUUGAGCGCCUUCGCAAGGGCCAAACUGGUGUGCGGUGCCAGAAGAUCAAGAUUUCACAACUCCGCGAAGCAUUCCUCGAUAUCAAGCUCUGGCUUGUAUUUAUCUUAAUGGCGUCCGCGUACACGGUAAAUGGCGCCGUUUCAGGCUUCGGUCCGCUCAUCGUGAGCACAUUUGGCUGGUCAUCCCUCGAGAGUAUUCUAUGGCAGUUCCCACUGGGUGGGCUGUGUCUCAUCGCGAUCUUGCUCUGCGGCUAUAUGAGCAGUCGCAUUCCCAACAUCCGGCUCAUAUUGCUCAUUGUGAACUGUCUGCCCGUGAUCGCUGGAUGUGCCAUGAUCUGGAAGAGCAAGUGGACAUACCACGCCGCCACGCCCGUUGCAGGAUACUCCAUCAUCGGCACGUUUGGCGCGGUAGUCAGCCAAACGAUCGUGAUCGGUAUGAGCAAUGUAGCCGGCGCGACGAAGAAGAGCGCCAUGGCCGCUGCCAUCUUUGUCGCUUAUUGUGUUGGUAACAUUGUGGGGCCGCAGCUGAUCAAGUCUCAAAGGAAAAUUGACCAUUAUCCUGAGCUGUGGACUGGGUUGAUCAUCUGCUACUGCAUAACGAUCUUGGCGGCUGUAGCGCUGUACUUUGUCCUUAGGAGGGAGAACAAGAAGAGAGACGCUGUGCCUGUGAAUGAGGAGGAAAGAGAUAGGUUCGCAUUCAUGGACUUGACGGACAAACAGAACCCGUACUUUAGAUACGUUUUGUAGAGGACAGGGGCAUCGUCGACGCAAGCUUAGGGUAAAUGUUAUAUAAAAUCAAAUGACAUAACAAAUAUGCA